AUGUCGGCGGAUAGACUUCCUUUGGCGGAUUCAACACCUCUCGACUCUACCUCAGGCGUACGGGGGACUUCUUCGUCUGAAUCAGAACAACAACUCGACGAACUUACCAACACCAUUUCCUCAGGAACGUCCAGCGAUCCCCCUCAAAUUCCUGUGAGGCUUAGACGACGAAGGCACUUGCCUAUGUCCGAUGAUCAAUCCUCCAGGAAUCAAAUCUUCUACUUUGUCGACUCCAAUUCCUCGUCCCGCGAAAAACGGGCUCAUGUGAUGCGUCACCAUGUUCAGGAGAAACGCCGACAGAGGAAGUCAUCCCACUCCCGGGCGGACGGCGACCGGAGGGGUAGUCGCCCUCUUCGCUACUCCCCAUGGCCUCAUAAGAGGACAGAUGUAGACAAUCAUGAUGAUUACGAAUCCAUUGCCCCUCAGGAGGUUCCCAGCGAAACUUCAGUAAACGGGCAUUCCUUGAUUCGAUUUGGUCUUCCUCCUGUGCAAUCCCCACCCGAAUCGGUAGAUGGAUACCAGUCACCUUCACCAGUCACCAUGCUUGAUGCCUCGAGAAAAGAUCCAUUCAACUCUCUGCCAGGUGUCUACUCCCGUGAUGACCAAGAGCUAGCCGACUACUGGACUAACCGGCUAACCUACUGGUCGGGUCAAAAUAAGUAUAUCAAAGACCUUGUGUUCAAGGCCGCCAUGAGUCACCCAUUGUGCUUCCAAGCAGUCAUCCUCACAUACUGCGCUCGCUGGAAAGCCCAGCUCUACAACCUCCAAGACAGCAAGGAAGCUCAUUAUCAUCUCGAUAAGGCCGUACAGGGAAUCGAAGAAGCAAAGAUCGGUUCUGCAGGAGUCGAUGAAGAUAACCUAGCAUUGGCACUAAGCGGCAUGUCACUACACGAGGAUCGGUUUGGUGACAAGCAAGUCGCUCGGAAAUACGAAGACCAGGCGGUUGAAAUCCUCCGGUCUCGAUCCGGCACGCAAAGUACGGUUGAGGUUUUCAUGCAUUACGUGCGAUACGUGAUGAUCCCACCACCGAUGGAGAUGAGCGAAGAGGGGAAGCGCUGGCUCGUCUCUUUUCUUCAUGCGGCAGAGCAGCUGAUGCACCAGCAUAGCACACCUUCUUACUUGGAGUCUGUACCCCAGCGACGGACUGCAUUUCAGAUGGAUAGUCCCUUGUUUCCUCUACUUUCCAGUGGGCCCCGCCCUUCGCAGGUGCCUCAGGAUUACCGCAUGUAUGUUGUGCGCAAUGCGCCCACCCAGGAGAUUACGAGAACUGCAGCCUUGAUCUACAUCACCGCGGCGCUGUGGGAUCUGGCAGCAUCGGAGAACAAAACCGGGCGGUUUCUCAACCACCUCCACCACCUCGUGCGACUGCACAACCUGGACCGGUAUCCAGCCUGCGAGACCUUCAUCUGGCUGCUCCUGGAAGAAGGCUAG